AUGCCCCGCACAGACGAAGCAGAGCACUGGUUCAACGCCGUCUACGAAGCCAUCCAAGAAGUACCCCUCGGCUCCGUGACCACCUACGGCCACAUCGCCGCGCUCCUCGGAUACCCCAAAAGAGCACGCCAGGUAGGCGUCUGCCUCAAACACCUCCCCUCAAACCGCACAAAUGCCGCCGACCAAGACGACGAGCACGAUGAGCGCGGUGAGAUUUAUCAUCAUUUCCACGAUGAUAAUGUGCCGUGGCAGCGGGUUGUGAAUUCCAAAGGGACGAUUUCUCACCGAGGCCCCGGGAGUGCACAGCGCCAGGCCGAUGCGCUCAGGCACGAGGGAGUAGAAGUCUCGCAGGAUGCCAUGGGGGAUUAUUACAUUGAUAUGCACCGCUAUGGAUGGUUUCCGCGUCGCUUACCCAGUGAAGAGGGGGAAACGGACAGUGAAGGUGAAGGUGAAGGUGAAGAUGGGGAGUUGUUUGUCUAG